UGUUCGUGCCGUAAAACUUGCAUUAAUAGAGUUGCACAGAGACCUUUGCAUUUGCGUUUGCAAUUGUUUCGAACCGAGAGACGUGGUUGGGGCAUUCGUUGUUUGGAUGACAUACCCAAAGGUCAAUUCAUAUGCGUAUAUGCAGGACAACUUCUAACUGAACAAGAAGCCAACGAGGAUGGAAAGCAAUUUGGCGAUGAAUAUCUGGCGGAGUUGGACCUUAUUGAAAGCAUUGAACAAGCCAAAGAUGGCUACGAAAGUGACGUUGACAUUGAUAUUGAUCAUCAAAGUGAUAUUUCUCAAUCGUCCGGCAGUGACGAUUCAGGGGAGUUUUCAGAUAUUUCAGAAUCAAAAAGUUUGGUGCCAGGACAAGGACAUGAGAACAAAAAUGACAGUUCUGAGAAAUUAUCCGCGCACACAUUAUCUUCUACAGCUGUUAGAAUAAUUCAGAAAGAUGACUGUCAAAAGAAGACACGUGAAUUAUAUGGUCCAAAUGAGCAUUGCUACGUUAUGGAUGCCAAGAGCACCGGCAACAUAGGAAGAUAUUUAAAUCACUGCUGUAAACCAAAUGUGUUUGUACAGAAUAUUUUCGUCGAUACGCAAGAUUUGCGAUUUCCUUGGGUUGGAUUCUUUGCUCACGUUUUCAUUCGUGCUGGUACGGAGCUCACUUGGGAUUAUAGUUACCAAGUUGACAGUGUACCGGACAAAAAGUUAUUUUGUCAUUGUGGUGCAAAAGAAUGUAGGGGAAGAUUACUCUAGUUUCAAGCCGUUGUAUUUCUCGAUUUUCUCAAUAAAUCGUCCCACCUAAA